AUGUUACCUCCAAAAUUUAAGGAUCUUGGCAGCUUUACACUCCUAGUCACAAUUGGGAGCCUAGCUGUGGGGAAGGCCUUACUUGAUUUGGGUGUUAGCAUUAACUUGAUGCCUCUUUCUAUGCUCAAGAAGAUUGGGGAGUUGGAAAUCAAGCCCACUCGAAUGACAUUGCAAUUGGUGGAUAUGUCAAUCAAAUACCCUCACGGAGUAAUGGAGGAUGUGCUGGUUAAAGUUGACAAGUUCCUAUUCCCACUAGACUUUGUUAUAAUGGAGUUGGAGGAGGAUGUUGAAGUUCCUCUCAUAUUGGGGAGACCAUAUAUGAAGACUGCAAGAGUGCUAAUUGAUGUUGAUGAUGGCAAACUCAUUGUGAGAGUUCAAGAUGAAGAAGUGAACUUCAAUGUCUUUGAAGCCAUGUCUGACCCAAAAGAUAUUGGAGGAUGCUUCAGAGUUGAUAUGCUUGAUGAAGUGCUCAUGAGCUCCAAGAAAGAUCUACACGCCUCAUCCCCUCUAGAGAAAGCUCUAAUUGAUGCAUUUGAGACUCUCAAUGAUGAUGAGGAGAAAGAGAUUGAUGAGUGCUUAGCCAAUCUUGAUGCGUUGAAGGAAAUCCCUCCUCAUGAGGCAAAGAUGGAAGAUUUGAAGGGUGAGAAUGAAGUCACAGAGCCAAAAGUGGAGUUGAAGAUGUUGCCCCCACAUUUGAAGUAUGUGUUUCUUGAAGAAGAUAGCAACAAACAUGUGGUCAUCAGUAACUUCUUAUCACCCUCAAAAGAAGAAAAGUUGAUUCAAGUGCUAAGAGUCAACUCAAGAGUCAUUGGUUGGUCUAUUUCUGAUUGA